CGUCUGGGAGUUGACGGGUGGUGAUCAGUCGCUCCUCCCUCGCUACCACGCUCACUCGCUCCUCUCCCAUCUCUCCCAUUCUGGAUUAUUAUUAUUAUUUUUGAUAAAAACCAAUUGGCCCGUCAAUGUGACAACAUACUGUUUGUGUUAAAGAGCUCCGUUUGUAAUUAUCUAGUGACUAUAUGGUGAAGCAGUGUUGGUAUUUGUGCCUGAUUUUGGAAAAAUAAAGGCGUGAACCUCUACCCCAGUAGGCCUAUUCUGCAAGUUUCUCACGGUCUUUGAUUUCUGCCUGAGAAGUCUGUGGCUGGGUCCUAGGAAAGGAACAACUGCUCGUGUGUGUGAGAUCCAAAAUCAAGACUUAGGACCAGUCUUACUAACGUCUUUAUAUUGACUCAAGUCCACCAAGUCAAACACCUUGAGACGAGGUACAAGUAUGGAGUUGUACUGCUCGGAGGCCCCAGCCUGCUCGGAGGAGACGAUAGCCAACGAGGACCCCUCUCUCGUCAAAGACAGCCGGGUCCUCUCCAACAUGCUGCAGCUCCAGCCCUUCUACGUUCCACCACAGAACUAUUUCCAGCACAUACAGAGCGAUAUCCAGCCUUACAUGCGGAAGGUUAUCACCAGAUGGAUGCUUGAGGUAUGCGAAGAACAGGCCUGUGAGGACAGAGUUCUCGUCGUGGCCAUCAAUUUCCUGGAUCGCUUCCUGUGUGUGUGUGUCGUACAGAGGACCCAACUGCAGUUGUUGGGUGCCGUCUGCCUCCUGCUGGCGUCCAAGCUGCGACAAUGCCGGCCCCUCUCAGUAGACCUCCUUGCCUACUACACCGACUACUCUGUCACGGCUGAGGAAAUUAAGAGUUGGGAACUUCUGUUGGUGUCGAAACUUGGGUGGGACUUGGCUCCCAUUACGGCUUGCGACUUCGUAGAUCAUCUUCUACCGCUGGUUCCUGGCGUAGGGAGCGAACCCAUUGUCAGAAAGCAUGCCAAUACCUUCAUCGCUCUCGCUGUUACAGAACCCGAGUUUGUCCAGGUGGAACCCUCUGCUGUGGCCGUAGCCAGCAUCGCUGCUGCUGUCCGGGGCUUGAACUUGUCGGAAUGGUCCACUGUUCUCUCAACUCUCGCCGGGGCUAUGAACCUUGAUCCUCGCUCCCUCAUGCCUGUACUGGAGCAGAUCGAGCUGGUUGUGGAAAAUGAAACUGCCGUAUUACCACAGAGUGAACACGACCAACAGCAGCUGCUGCAGCAGCAGUCGUCGACUCCCACCAAUAAGCAGCCGCCCACCAUGCCUAUGGAGUUCGACAUCAACGACACGCCAAAAGACCUUACAGACAUACACUUCUGAUACCCAGGUCGGCAGUAGUUGAUCGGUAGCACUUCUCCCUGUGGCGUCUCCGGGGGUGCAAAGGUAGUGUAGAAGUAGCAGUUGCAGUGGACAAACUGCAGAGGCGCGGCCAGUGAAGCCCUCUCCCCGCCACCCCCACCUUCAACACCAAGCCUCAGGUACCCACGGUCUGUCAAGUCUCCAGGCAAGUCCAAGUGAAACUGUCAGCUCAAAAUAAUAAAGCAGUUGGUGGACUCGACAAGGACUUAACGAAAGCCUUCAGAUCACAAAGUCAUUUAACGAGGUGGAGACGAAGCCAAACCAAAGACAUUACUGGGGGUGGGGUGGCGGUGGUUCCUGAGGACAAUUCAUCAAACAAAGCAUCCAGGAACUAAUAUUCUAUAUUAGUGGAUGCAAAGAAUCUACGAACUGCUAUCGUAUACAAUCUAAAAGGCGGUGGGUGCUUGCGUGCGCUCGUGACAGGGCGGUCUGGUUCAUACCAAAUGGUGUAGAUCUCAAGUCAUUUCCUGUAUCCAGUCAAAGUCAGGGGUUGGAGGGGGGGGACCUGUGGGAAUUAGUCUGCCUUCAGGAGUUAAGACACGACUCACUUUUAGAUUCUAGAACAAAGAUAACGAAGUUGAGUAAAGACGUUACUUUUAUAUUAAACAUUUUGCUGCAGUCUUCAAUAAUGUCUUCAUUUGUCUGAAUGAGUCAUUUAGUGCCUCAUUCGGUGGCUUCAAGCUGUUGCCAUCACUUGGUGCUUCCUCCAUAUCAACAAAUAAAGUUAAAAAAAGGGCUCUUAAUAUCUACAUGGGCUCAGGCACAGUGGCAGUUCGAGGUCUAGGAGGCGUGGAUAGAGAGGCUGCAGGCAAUGGCAGGUGGUGACAGAGAAGGUCAGCCUUUCUACAACUUUGUUUCUGUUGAGAAGGUGUACUUCAAGUGCAAAAAACAACUAUGAUAUAUAGUUUGUAUAAUGCUCCUUGAUGCAAAAGUCGUGAUUAUUGCACUAGUUGUGCUUAUGAUGCUAAAAUCACCCCUUAAGAGGUUUGAUUAACAAUAGUUGUAUCAUUUAAUCAUACAUGAUAAAAAUGUACUCUGCUCUUGAAGUUCCUCUAUGGGCCCCCUACAUGCAUUUGUGAGAACGUGUCAGUAUUAUUAAGUAAUAAUCAAAUAUAUGUAAAAUAAAUUAUCAAGAAUCAAGGUGCUGUAUAUUUCGAUUUUCAAGGUCCGCUGAUAUCUGACAAGUUGUAUUGAACUUGUCAUUGAACUCAAAAAGGUUACGGUAGGAUGUCAGGCAUUGCUGCCAAGAUGUGUUUCAGUCCAAUGUUACCUCUGGUUGUGACACUUGUCCAGAAUGACAAAAGCAGAGUCCUUAAUCUCGUCGCUUGUGUGAGGAACUCUGAACAAGUUUUCUCUCUUUGUAUAAUAAAUCCUGUUUUGUAUAUAGUGUGUAUAUGUUGUUAAUACUGAUAAUUUAAGACUAUAAUUUUUUUUCUUAUCAUUGUAGCAUUUACAUUCCGUUUUAGUUUGCUUCUUGUAAAUGUUUGUAAAUGUCAAAAGAACUUUUGAUUGAUUGCAAACUACCUGGAUAAGUGCCUUAAGUAUUUUAAAUUCCUUUAAAUGUAUAUUUUGAAAAAAAAGUUGUCAUUCUUUUUGUUAAAAAAAAAAUUGUGCCUUAAUGAUAAACUUUAAUUUGGUAUUAAACUGAAAGAAAAAAAUGCUGUUUACUCGCAUAUUUAUAGAAUUAUAUAUAUGAUGUUUCCAACUUGUGAUCUGCUUAAAAUCAGACCUGGGUUAUAGAUUGCAUAUAAAAUUGUCCAGUGGACUAAUCCCCCCCUAAAAAAAUACUUUUGUAAGCUACUAAAUACCGUACAUGAAAGAUAAUGGAGGAUGCUGUGUGCCUGGGAGAAUGGAUUUUAUCCUCCCCAGAAUCCCCCACCAAUUCCCCUAAAUCCCCACACACACAUUAGUGACAUUUUCUGGUAGCUGAAAACAUGUAGCAUAGCACUGGUAUGUGACCUGGUUUCUCGGGUGUUUUCUAGUCGUGCUCUCUUGCUGGAGAAGCUGCUGAUGACGGUUUUUAAUUUUACUGUUAAUUAUUUGUACUUAAAUUAUUAUAUGAGAGUAUGUUAGCUCCGCGACUCUGCGUGUGAGAGUGAGUGUGUGUGUGUGGUGUUCUGGCUUCUGGUCCCUUGCUCUACUGCCUUUGCCUAUUCAUGCCUUUGUUAGGACAUGUAAAUUAUUCAUUGCCUCUCAUGCAUUAUUUAUUGUUUAGUCUAUGCAAAACCGGCUCAUUGGCAUCCCUUCAACAAGAUAUAUAUAUAUAUAUAUAUAUAUACUUUUUUUUUGUAUCUCCUGUGUUCACGAGAAUAAUAUUAGUGCUACUAAGUACUCAUGUACUAAGUGUACUGCUCUGGUACAGCCUCUGUGCUAUGGUACAGCUCUAUCACCAGGCUCAGGAUUAUACUACAUGAUCUAUAUGUGAUUAUAUGAAUGAAUUCAUAUAGAAUGAAUCUAUAUGAAUAACUACAUGUGUGAGUGUAAUUAUACUACAUAUUCAUGGUUCAGUUGUGUGCUGUGGUACAGCCCUGUACCAACCUUAGUGGUACAGUAUUGACAGGAUGUAUUACGUUUGGAACUAUAGUAUAUGCAGUGUACCAAGUUCAAUGGUGUGGUGCAUACACUGUAGAUAUUGUAUUUUGUACUAUGAUAUAUAUAUAUCCCUCGUAAGUUUAGUGCUACACGCUACCUCCUGUGUACUUAGGGCUACACCUGUACUUAAGUUGUACACUUGAUGUACUCCACUUAUUGUACUUGGUGCUAUGCCAGUACUCCCUGUAUACUUAGUGCUUGUUCAAUACCUCCUGUGUACCUAGUACUACGCUAGUACUUACUGUGUACUUCGUGCUACACUAUACAACAACUGUAUGUUGCUGUAUACAGCUGCUGCUGUACAAGAUGCAGCAAUGAGGAUACUUUUCAAUUUCAAAAUUUUAAUUCUGGAAUAAUUUCAUUUUUAUUAAUUCAAAAAUAGAAAGGAUACUGUAUUCUUGAAUGUUAACAAUGUUAAUAAAAGAAUUGUCACGAAUAGUUUUGGGGUGUAACUAUAUCUAUAUAUAUACGUGUGUUGUAUUUAAUAAAUGAGUAUAUUAUAUA